AUGUACCACCAACGGCGGCGGAGAGCUACCGGUGGUGGAUUCUGGCGCAUCUAUAGUAGUUACACUUUCUUUUACGUGCAUGCACUCCUGUUUAAUAGUGAAAUUCCUAUUUUUCCCAUUCAAAAACAAGCAACAGAUGUGAAGCACAGAUUUAACUUUACCUUGGCAAACUUAAAACAGCGGGUUCCAAUUUCCACGUUGAGAAUAAAAACUAAGGAAUCUCUGUCAGCUCUGAGGAGGCCCACUUGUUUUGUUAUUGUGGUUGCGAAAUUUCGGGCAUAUCUGGAUUUGGUCGGAACUAGUGUUCUUUGUUCCUGUGAUGGACUUGGUCUUGACACGUCGAUAACUGCUAAGGCAACCUUCUAUGGAAAUGUUGGGCACUUAGUCAAACCAAGUGGAGCUUGUGGCUAUGGAGAAUAUGGAAGAACAGUCAACAGUGGAGCAUUUUGUGGCGUCUCUAAGCUAUACAACAAUGGCACUUCUUGUGGUGCAUACUAUCAGAUGAAAUGCAAGCAUCCAGACUACUGCAAUGAAGAGGGGACAGUUGUGGUGGUAACAGACUCUGGCGAAGAGAAAGCAGAUUUUAUUCUCAGCUUUAGCGCCUACGCAAAAUUAGCUAAGCCUAUAAUGGUUGCAAAGCUUAUCGGGCAGGGUGAGGUUGAAAUAGAGUAUCAAAGAGUUCCUUGCAAGUAUGCAACUGGUGCACAUCUUGUGGUUAAGGUUCAUGAGAGCAGCAACUUCCCUAAUUACUUAGCCAUAGUACUGUUAAACAAAGGUGGACUAAGCGAUAUCAUGGCUAUUGAAGUUUGGGAGGAGUCCCACAAGCAAUGGAAGUCAAUGGUGAGGAUGUUUGGUGCAGUAUGGGCCAUUUCAGAUCCACCAAAGGGAGCACUGAAGUUCAGGUUUCAAGUGAGAGGCAGUGCAGGAGUGGUGUGGGUGCAGCCCCUCAAAUUGAUUCCUAGUGAUUGGAAGGCUGAAGUUCUGAUUGACACCUUCAUUCAACUUACUUAA